AUGACGAAGCGCCAGCGUCUGCUAGAUUCUGUCGAAGGCGCUGACAGCGCCGAGAUCGGUAAACAGUUGAAAGAGCUCGAUUCCUUGCGGCAAGCAUGGGAAACCUUCUCGUCCAAACGCAGGCAGCUCGUCAGCACAAUACGUAUGAGCCAAAGCGACCCAGACGAAGACAUGCGUGCUCUUGCAGCCGAAGAGAUUCCACUCCUGGAACAAGAGUUGUUGGAUCUGCGCACGGAUAUGGAGAAACUCAUUCUGGAAUCCGUCACGGAUGCGAUCGAGGCACAGGCGGUCGGCGCUGUACUCGAAGUUCGUCCCGGUGUCGGAGGUCAAGAAUCGACCUUGUUUACUGCGGAAGUGGCUCGAAUGUACGAACGCUUUUGCGAACAAAAGCCGAUCGAAGAAGAUGGCUCGGGCGAGUGGCAGGUUGAGAUGCUGUCGAGUACGAGCGUCGACGUAUCGACGUCAUCCUCCGGAUCCGGGUCUGGACUCAAGGAAGCCAUCAUCGAAGUCAAAGGCAAAGGUGUCUUUCAGAAGCUCAAGUACGAAGCAGGCGUACACCGCGUACAACGCAUUCCAGCCACACAGAGUCUGGGCAAGCUCCAGACAUCGACGAUCGCAGUCAUGGUGCUGCCCAUCUCCGAAGGCUCCGAAAACAAAGCGGACGAUCUCGUCGAUCCAAAGGACGUCAAAGUUGAAGUGAUGAGGUCGAGAGGUGCGGGAGGACAGCACGUCAACAAGACCGAAUCUGCCAUUCGACUCACGCACGAGCCCACGGGCAUCUCCGUUUCAAUGCAAGACAGCCGUUCGCAGCAUCAGAAUCGUACCAAAGCCUGGGCGGUCCUGCGAGCCAGGCUGUUGGAUCGCAGGCUGAAGCAGGAAGUCGAAGGGAAUCGAGAGCGAAGGUUAGCUCAGGUAGCGAGUAUGGAUCGAAGCGAUCGCGUCCGAACCUACAAUUUCCCGCAAGACCGCGUCACGGAUCAUCGGAUCAAUCUGAGCCUGAACGGCAUCGACGCUGUCAUGGAGGGAGAGCACGAUCCUGGAACAGGCCUCGACUACAUCAUGGAGAGCCUUCGUAUCGAAGCUGAAGCACGCAAGGUCAAGGCGCUGUUAGAGAACGAGGAGGCAGAAGCUGCCGAAGCGGUAGCUCCGUCUUCGAGUAAAGGCCGAAAGUGA